AUGCGCUUCGCGGCCGCGAUCUUUCUCGUCGCGCUCCAUGCGAUGGCCGUCGCCCAUGUCCACGUGCUCACGGAGAAGACCUUUAAGAAGGAGGUCCUCGACAGCCCGGACUACUGGCUCGUCGAGUUUUACGCGCCAUGGUGUGGCCACUGCAAGCAGCUCGAGCCAGAGUGGAAGAAGGCAGCAAAAACGCUCAAGACAACGGCCAAGCUCGGUGCUGUCGACUGCACCUCGAACGAGCAACUCGCGCAGCAGUUUGGCAUCCAAGGCUACCCGACAAUCAAAGAGUUUGGCAAGAACAAGAACAAGCCCCAGGACUACCGUGGUGGGCGUACCGCGCGUGAGAUCGUGCAGUACGUCAAGGCGUCGCCGCUCGCUGCGCUCGGCGUCUCGUCCAGCGACGCGGCGGUCCAGGUCCUGCAAUACAAAGACGUCUACUCGUUCUUGGCCACCGCACCACCCAAGACACCCAGUGCGAUCCUCUUUGGCCGCAACAAGCGCAAGAAGGGCGAGAAGGCCAAGCCGCGCUGGCUCAAUGAGGUCGCGCAGUCGUUUGUGUCGCCCGACACCAAAUCGAUUCUGGUGCAAUUCGGGUUUGUCGCCGGCAGCGAAGCCAAGAUCGUCAAGCACCUAGGCCUCGACGGUACCUCUGCCUGCGUUCGCUCGCUCAAGCAGCGUGCUCGGUAA